AUGUCACCAACAACUUCAUCAAAUAUUUCACAGGAGGAGGAUUUUAAAUCUCAACUUGAAAGGCAAAUUACAUCUUUGACAGAGGAACUUGGAUCAAAAGAAGCUAAUAAUGCAAAAUUAAUGGAGCGUUAUGAGGAAGAAUAUAAAAAAUUACUUGAGGAUAGGGCUGAGAAUGAAAUGCUUUCGGAAAAAAUUAAAUUGCUUAAUGUUUCUUUGGGUGAUAGUGAGGGAAAACUUAAAGGAUUCAAAAAUGAUUCGGAGAAGGAGGAUCAAGCAUUGGGAGUUCGGGUCGACAAGUUCCGCAAGACGUCGGCAGAACACAACAAACAUCUUCACCGUAUUUUUGAAACUCUCAAAAGUAUGCGAAUUUCUGAUGAGGAUCACUAUGGGGAUAUGUCUAAAUUUAAACAGGAAUUGCGUCAAAAAAUAGAUGGUGCGAAAUCUGGAUGUGCUUUAGCUUCGGAGGAAUCGAAACAGAAGAAGGAAGUUUUGGCAAAUUUGGAUGUUGAACUCUUUAAAGUUGAUCAGAAUCAAAUUACUACGGAAAUUAAGAGUGAAAUUACUGAGACAACCAUAAAUAUUUUGAAAUCUCGCCGCAAGAAAUUAUUGGAUUUGAAGAUGUCUAAUCAUUCGUUGAAAACCAAACUUGCUCAAAUGAAGGAUAUGGGUCAAGAAUAA